AUGACAAACAUUUGUUAUGAGUACCAUCUUGUUGUGUCUGAGGAUACCUGUGCAUUGAUUGCCUCGGAGGCCGGAAUCUCUCUGAGCGACUUCGAAUCCUGGAACCCGGCUGUUGGCACCAACUGCACUGAUCUUGACAUUGGAGAUUACGUUUGCAUUCGAGUUUUAGGAUAUGGGUAUUCAAGCGCCACUCCCACGAGCUCGAGCUUGAGAUUAGUGGUGACUACUACACCCACGAGCACCGGAACCGGAGUUUCUACUCCCUCUCCUAUCCAGACAGGCAUGGUGUCCACCUGCGACUUAUUUCACUUGGUUGUGUCAGGAGAUACCUGCGCUGUCAUUGCUAAGAAUGAAGAUAUCUCUUUGACCGAUUUCUAUUCAUGGAACCCAGCGGUUGGCAGUUCUUGUGCCUAUCUAGACCUAGGAGAUUAUGUCUGUGUUGGUGUUAUUGGCAGUACUGCUACUACAACGACUACUGCCACUGCGACUACAACGACCAGUGGGAUUACAACUCCUUCGCCUGUCCAAACAGGCAUGGUUUCUGACUGCGACGCUUUUUACUAUGUGGUUGAUGGCGACGGUUGUUCCGGCAUUGCGACAGCGGAGGGUGUCUCAGUUGCUGAUCUUGAACUGUGGAACCCGGCAAUUGGCGCUGACUGCACCGAUCUCUGGCUUGACACUUAUAUUUGCGUCGGUAUUUCAUAG